UAAAGAUUAAAGCAGUGGUAAACAAUUCACCUGAAUCGUCUAUUCCAGACAAACAAGAAAAGCAAGAGUCUGACUGAGCAUUCAAGCAGCUCACAAGAUGUGUUCGGAAAAUCCACAACCAAAGUUGUUUGAUGCCGUUGGUACCAUUGCAGAUAUAUUCUUCAGAUACUCUGCCAGGGACGGGCGGAAGAAUACAAUGACCAAAAAAGCAGUGAAAGAACUAUUUGAAGAUGAGCUUGGCACCAAGCUAAAUGACGAGUAUGGACAGCAAGCAAUCGAAGCUCUCAUGUCCAAUUUUGAUGCUGAUGGUGACUGUGAAAUAAGUUUUGAAGAAUUCAUGAAAUUUGUUGGAAAGUUUGGAUGCAGUAUGUUUAGUGAUGACCUUGCUGAAUAGAAAAUAUCUACAUGCUACUCUGACGAUUAUCGCAAAUCUUUUUUUUCUUUUUUAAUACAAAAAAUAAUCCAUCAUAUUUCCAUGUCCUAAAUAUUACUGAACAGAUGGCCACAUGAAGACUACGUCAACUGCCUUAUGAGUCACCGAUUAUCUAUUUGUCCUACUCUGUUUCCAACUGUUGUGGAAAGAACUUGUUAUACACUUUUUCUUUGUUCAGUACUUCAGUUUAUUUUAUCAUUGUUAUAGGUAGCAAAAAUGCUCCCAGAGUUCCUGGAACACAUUUGGACUAAUUUUGCAACUUGCUGUAAUACUGAAUUAUAAAAAAGGAUAAGCCAGACUAGAAUGGAGUGUACAAUAUGAGUGAUAAAGCAAGGGAGAGAAAAUAAGAGUUUAUGUUUAUUAUUCAUCUGAAAUGUAUAAUUAAAAUUUUCAGUGUAAAAGGUCUGCUACUUAUGCUUUGGAUAAUCCAGGAAUUCAUUAGUAGUCAUCUGCAUAAAUCUUGGGCAUAAUGUAUGAUAACAGUCAAGUAAAAGCGUCAAAACAAUACAAAGGUAGUAAAAGGAAGAUC